CACUCCUUGGUCCCAGGAUGUUUCAUAAGGUUUGAAGAUCUUGAACAGGUGUUUUGCUACGCGGAUUGUGUCGUUCGGACACCACGGCGUUCUGGACUUUUUUGUAUCGUUGGUGCCUGUCUUGUCACCUUGUCGCCUGAAAAGGCCGUACUAUUUCAGAUCACCAUAACUGACAAGGCACCAAAAUUAGCAAAUAAAAGACCUGUAGCACUUCAUUUUCACGCCCAGGAUCCGCUUGAGAACAUCCCACAUCAGCCUUCUUUUCCUCCACUUUAGACGCAAAUCCAUUUUUAGGUCAUAAUAUUGGGAUCUCCAUCCAUUUUUACACCCUCGGACGAGGGAGAGAGUUUUAGAAAGCGGAAAUCCAUUCAUUGGUCAGUGAUAUAAAUGAGCUUUGAUCACACAAAAUCACAUUCUUUGUUUCAAUCUCGUCUUUCCGGGGUAACAAAUCGUGGGUUGAUGCUUAUGAGAUCUGCCUUUCUCUCGCCCUCAGUCAAGUUGAUUCGGAAAGCUCUUUGAAACUGUCUUUUAGCUGCUGUGUGGGAAAACGAGAAUGGCGUUUACAGGAACUCUGGACAAGUGCAAGGCUUGCGAUAAGACGGUUUACGUGGUCGACAUGUUGUCCAUCGAGGGCAUGCCAUAUCAUAAGACCUGCUUCAGAUGCAGCCAUUGCAAUGGAUAUCUUGUGAUGAGCAACUACUCCUCUAUGGAUGGUGUCCUCUAUUGCAAGACUCACUUCGAGCAACUUUUCAAGGAAUCUGGCAAUUUCAGCAAGAACUUUCAAACAGCCAAGUCUUCUGAGAAGCAACAAGACCUGAACCGGACCCCAAGCAGGUUAUCUUCUUUGUUCUCCGGAACCCUAGACAAAUGCACCACCUGUGGCAAGACAGUUUACCCCUUGGAGAAGGUGACUCUGGAGGGAGAGUGUUUCCACAAGAACUGCUUCCGAUGCGCUCAUGGCGGAUGCCCAUUGACGCACUCGUCUUAUGCUGCUCUUGACGGAGUCCUCUACUGCAAGCACCACUUCGCUCGCCUCUUCAUGGAGAAAGGUACCUACAGCCACGUCCUAGAGGCUGCAGCGCACAAGCGGAAUGCGUCCUCCACGCCCACAUCGCCCCCACCUGAGCCCGAGCCCGCUGAGCCAAAGCCCGAGCCAGAUGAUAAGCCCGCGGAGGAUCAAUCUUAACUAUGACAUCUCAUCUCCCUACCCGGACCUUAUUUCUAUGCAACCAUCUUCAAGAGCCAGCAUUAUGUACUUUGAUUGUAGUGUUUUACAAACUUGUAUGCAUGUUAUCACUAUUUUUUCUUUCUUGUAUUUCCCUAACAACGUUUUUGAAGUCUGAUGACCUGAUAUAACAUGUUUCUUUUUGUUGAUCCGUCAUGAACCGGAACAUAUACCACUUGAUCUCUGAUAUCUGUUUCUAAAACAUUGAUUAAGUGCAGACACUAGUUCAACGAUCUUAAAAA